UGUCUCGGUAGUGUCUUGUUUUGUGCGAAAGUAAUACAAGAUUUGACGAUCGUCUGUAGAAAUGCAUUGAAUGCGUUACGAAAGAAAAGGGAAUGAGCUCGAAAGUUUUGUUGCGACGCUUGGCACUCAAGCAACUCACCGUAGUCACCCACCGGACAUUGUGUACUGUAGCAGAAUCACAUUAUGUAAAUGGUACCAUGCAGUACAGUUCUGAUGAACAGCAAAAAAUUCUGGAGAAAGUGAACAGUUGCUCUCAUGAGGAGCUUGCAAGUAUUUAUUUCUGGCAGGUAUAGAAUAAGUCCUACAAGAUUGGCACGAUUGUCAAAUCAUCGCCAGAAAUUUGGCUCCUUUGCAAAUCUUGAUGAUGUUCUUAAAGCAAGUGGUAUGACACCUGAAACUCUUGACAGAUUUUGCAAUAGUGUUCUGUGUCCAUCAACUACUGAAAGGUCACAUGGAGUUAGAGUACAGCUGAUCAAGCCGAACCUCACCAACUCUGCCAGAGAUAACAUACAGAAUGUUAUAGGGAUUAAUUUCUUGCCAUACACUGUGACUUGGGCAAAGAUUGACAGAGAGGGUAAUCUCUUGGAAUGGAAUUUCCAGCACCUGGAUCUUGGGUCCAAAAAACAGCAUCCACUUAAUUUGCUUGAGAUAGCUGCAGGUAUCACAGAAAAGAUUCCUAAUUGUGAUGCCUAUGUGAUGGAAGAAAUGGGAACCCCUGUGCAAUUGGCAAAGAAUUUGUUAAAUGCACUUCAGACAGUUCAACUUCGCGCAAUGUUUAUUGCUUUACUUAGUGCAUCUUCUUUGAAUUCCUUUGGAGGUAAUGGCUUCUUACAGGAUAAACAACAGAAGGUUUUCUUUCUGAAAUCUCAUCUUCCGGCACGGCUUUUCCAGACACUUAUCGGGUCAGAGCGUGUUUCUGCACAGUCUGUUGUAGAAAAAAUUUUCCAAGGGAGGUCAACUUCUGAAGCUCUUAACUACACGCCAAUAAUUGUUCCUAAUCAUGUUCAAGAUUAUUAUCAUGCAUGUGACAGUGCAGAGCGAGAAAUGUUGUGCCAGUCCUUACUACUUACAAUGACAUUUAUGGAUGUGGCAAUACAUCAAAAUGAAAGAAGUUUAGCAGCUGUUACUACUCGUAGAAUCUCAGUUUAAUAUUAUUUGUCCUGAUUUUUUACAUUUUUGCAUUCAGUUGGUGUAUGAAGAUCUUGUUAAAGCAGAUUUGUGUAUAGACUGUCCUGGUAUUUAGUAUUUUUUGUCUCAGAUGGUCUUGUGAAAAUUGUAAUUGCAAAAUUACGCAACAGAAACGUUUUGCACUGAAACUUAUUAUUAACUUUCUUGGUCAUGUAAAACACAUAUUGUGUGUCAUUGGAAGAAUAUAUAAAAAUUGGUGUAGUCCUCGACAUUAUGUGCUGCAUGUCAUAUGUGUAUAGACAAAGGAAAAUGGACAGUUUGUUGAUAAAUGUAAUUAAACAAUACUCCUUUGGUAA